GCACCAUUUCGUGUGGGUGGGCUGAUCAGCGCAGCUAGAUGCUAUUCCAAAAGUUACUGCGGACUACACUAUUAUAUAUAAACUGAUUAAACUAUAAACUGAUAGCAUAGAUUUUGCCAUCAUAGAGCAGAGAUGAGUGCCACUGUCGAACGGUUUGAGGUAAAGUAUAAACGGUUGGAGUCAAAGACCCUAGAUGCAGCUUCCUAUCUGCCUGUGCUAUACAAGGACAAUCUCAUUACUCUCAUACAAGAAGCUGUCACCCCAUUUCAGCCGGAUCUAGAGCAUGUUAGCUAUGAUUUUGGGCUAGAAUUAUCGCUCCGCAAACUCUUCUUCCAUAAUUUUGUUUCUCCAGCUACAUCUGUGGCCUUUAUUCUUCAGUGUCUCUCUGCUCUGGGUUUGAAGAGAGGAGACGUAUUUGACCAGUUAGAAUUUGAAGCAGAUGUAGCCUUUUCUUUGUCCAAUUCGCAUCCCAAAGUACUGAAUAGGGCAAGUGAGAUGUUAGAGAAAAUUAAAAAUGAUAUUGCUAAGAUUAUUUGUGACAUUGAUAUGGAUCUGGAGAAUAUUUAUGUUGAACUGGUCCGUCUGGCAUUGGUUGGAACAUAUAAACCAUCACGCAUGCCUGAAACAUUUUAUGAUGUGUUUGAUCACUUAUUGACAAGAACAGAAUCUCCAUCCGAAACUGCUAGCAUCAUUUAUUCAGUCCUUAGUUAUUUCCACUGCAAGAAUAAUGAAGUACCUAAACUAGACCCGUUCUUGAUUCCAGGUUUUAGUUUACGCAUAUCAUAUCCUGAAAUAUACCUUAAAUUGAGGUUUGCAGAGUUUUUGUACAGUCUAGGAGAGAAUGAUUGCAAAGUAGCAAUGAUGGCUUUCUCUCGCAUGCAUUUAAAUGAUGAAAUCAUUGAAAAUUAUUCUCCACUUGAAUUUGUUAGAAUUUUAUUUUGCCGUGGGGAAGCAGAUGUAGCAAAACUUAAUGAGCUGGCAAAGUACUUUGAUCAGCCAAACUAUUUUAAUGUAAAUCCAAGUGAACAGCAACAAAAUGAAAACUCUCCUGAUUCAGGUGCCAAUAAUCGUAAAGACAACCAUGAUUUACAAGUCACAUUGGCUUUUAUGAUAGAAAUUUGCCAUCUAAAAGAAGAUGAUUUUAAAAAAUUAGAUGAGUUACGACUUGAGAUAGAUCUAGCUCAAAUUUCUGUAUAUCCCCCUAUAUCUGAAAUUUUAAUUAAAAAAUUCCUGGUCCAUUUAAAUUUACGUCUAGAACAUAAAUCAAAUGACAAUGUUAGACCGUUCAGUAGAAAAGAGCAGAUUACAAUCCAAUUAGCCAUUCAAGGCCUUAAUGUCACAAAUGAAUCAUUAUUUUCUGAAGGUGGAGUACUAUCACAUCCCUUAGUUUACAUGCUGUUGAAUAGACUGGGCUACCCAGUAAAAAAGCUGGCUGUUUCUCCUACAAAAGCAGAAAAGUUAUCGAUAUACCUAGAAUAUCCUAGUUUUGACAUGAUGCUGACAUUAGCUGUUAUAGUUCGAUUGAUGAACAAUCAGGAAUCUAAAAUGUUUCACACCGCAAUGAUUCCUUCAUCUACCCCACCUAAUUUUACCCUAUCUAUUUGCGACACUCUAACAAAAAAAUUUGAAGCUGGUGAUUUGGAGAUGAAUGAUGUGUUGAAGUGGUUGAAAGAAUCCAAUUGUUCUAAAUAUAGAAAGUAUAUCAUGAAAUAUUUUGAAAGAUGUACUAAGACAGAUGAAAAACAUAAAGAAUUAGAAAAAGGGAUAAAUUCUAAAGAAAAGAGUUACGUAUCUCUUAACUAUAUCAAGAUAGUUAUAUGUGGUCCUCCUUGUGUUGGUAAAACAGCAUUCAAGGAUCUAUUGGCUAAUAGACCACCAACUUUGACGCAUAACAGCACACCCAUAGCUGCUCGCCCUGUACAAGCCAUUGAGCAAAUAGCUACUGCAGAUGGAGGAAAAGUGUGGAGAGGAAUGACUGAAGAAGAUCUAGUUCGAAUGCUUUCAAAUAUCAUACGUGAUACUGAAAUAACAGAUCCUGUUGAUGAUGCCACUUCUUUUACUCAAGCAACUCCAUUGCUAGCUACAAUGGCACCAACAGAUCUGCCAUCACCAGUGUCUGCCUCAGCAACUUCACCAAUACAUAUUUCAACUGUAUCUUCAUCACAGAUACUUCAAUCUACCUCAAGUACAAGUUCACCAUCAACAGAUGAGUUAUCUGAUUCAUCAUAUGAAGCGUACCCAAUUACUACUUUUGAACCAAAGAAAGAUUUAGAUUAUGCUAAAAGAAAAAUUAUUGAGCAAUUGUCAUUGCCUUCUUUUAAGAAUAGGGAAGGGUUACAACACUUAGAUGAAGCUAAAUGGAUUUAUCUUUUAGACAGUGGAGGCCAGCCUCAGUUUACUGAUCUCCUUCGUAUGUUUGUACGUCGUGAUUCACUGUAUAUUAUUGUAAUGAAGGUGACUGAAUCCCUUCAUGACAAACCUACAUUCAUUUACUCUAUCAAUGGUAAAAGACUCAAUACACCAAAAGAAAUGACCAUGACUAAUCUUCAGAUUAUUGAAAGCUUUGUUCGUUCUGUUGCAGCAACUUCAAGAGAAGACAAUAGUGAACCAGCAUUUGCUAUUAUAGCCACUCAUUGUGACAAACAAUCAUUUGUUAUGCAGAAAAUAGGUGUGCAGGAAACAAUUGCACAGAAAAAUGAGAUUCUCCUGUCACAGUUGAGUGGUUUUCUUGAUUUCUUUGUAUUCUAUAAUCGUGAUUCUAAUGAGCUGGUUUUUCCUGUGGACAAUCUUUGCCAAAAGGACCGUGCAACACUUUCAGCUAAAAUUCGUGAGCGCCUCCUGUCUGAUAUUAAAUUCAAUAUUAAGAUACCGGUACGUUGGUAUUUGUUUGAUUUAAAUAUAAAGAAUGAAGCAUCAAAGGAGACACAUGGAAUGAUCUCACUUGAGUCCUGCUACUCUAUUGGUCAAAAAUUAGGAAUGAAUAAAGAUAAUGUAGAUGAGUGUCUCAUUAAAUUGGACUUAAUGAGAUUAUGUAUUUAUUAUCCAAAGCUCCUUCCUCAUGUAAUCUUCACUAAUCCUCAGUUUCUGAUAGAUUGCCUCUCCAAGAUUGCUUGUGUGUCCUUUGUUGAUAAUUUAAAACAGAUAUUCCCUGAAGGUGUCCGUCUAUCUCAUGAAAUUAUACGUUCACUUAAAUACAAAGGAACUUUUGAUAAGGCACUAUUGCGUAGUCUUGAAUCUGUUUUAAACUUUGUUCCUGGUCUGUUCUCUAUGGAUGAUCUCCUAACAUUGCUAAAGCAUCUACUUGUUAUCUCCACCAUUGAAGGAGUUCAGGAAAUCAAAUAUUUCAUUCCUAUUCUUCUACCUGCAAAAAAAAUUUCUGAAAAAGGGAAAAAAUUAUUUCCUGUAUUAGCUGAUCCACUUCUUAUUACAUUUGAUGAAAAGCUAGUUUUACAGGGUUUAUUUCCAGCCUUGGUAGUCUCACUGUUGAGUCGAAAAGAGGAGCCUUUCUUCUUCAUUGAUAGUAAUACCAAUGAUUUUCCCCAGCAGCUCCGACAUGCAGUGAAGCUCUACACAGAGAGUCUCUUUGUUGGAUCAGUAUUCCUUUGUGAGAAUGUUGGAUCAAUCGAAGUUUAUUUCACAGGUCUUCCACAACAUUGUUAUCUCCUUCGUAAGGUGAUCCUUGAAGCAAUAAGAGCAAGUGCUGAAGUAUUGUGUUAUAAUGAGCAGACAUUAAAUGUGACUGCUCUUGUUCGUUGCACUCGGAAGCAUAUUCUGCCUGCUAAUGAUGAGAAGAUUCAUCCUAUAACCAUCUCAUACAGAAAUAACCCUCCUGAAAUAGGUUGCAGUGUUGAGAGUAGCUAUACUAUCACAACUAAUGAUUUAGAUAAAAAUCAAAGCUGUUGGCUGAUAGGAGCAGCAACUACAGAUCCUGAGGCCAUUUCAUUACCAACUGAUGGAAAAGCAAUAUUAAUUCAUACACAUGCUCCUAUUAUUAUUGAUGCUAUCAAAAGUGUAGUAUUUCCAUGGGAAAAUUUAGGAAUGAACUUGGGAAUCAAAAAGCACAAGUUAGAUGAGAUCAAGUACAAUUCCCAUGAUCAAGUUCAAGUUUGUCGUAAGGAAAUGAUUUAUCACUGGAUAGAUACAAGACAUGCUACAUGUAACAAAUUGAUAGAAGCUCUGAAGAAAAUUGGAGAACAUUCAAUUAUUGAUGAGAUAAAGCGUUUGCAAGCUGAUGAAUAGAAAUUGAAUUUUUAAGUUUGUAUUUUAUUGCUUUUACUGACAAUUGCUAUUUGCUUAUUAUUUUUUUAUUGUUUCGUAUUUUUGAGUGUUUUCACAAAAUUUAUUGUCUUUAAAAUUUGAUAUAACAAUUUGUAGUGACAGCAAAAAAA